GCUAGUCCUCCUUUGCCGCUCCCUCCCUGCAGGAUUGAUCCCGCACUGUUUUGAUAUUUGUUCUUUCUUUUUUCCUUUUCUCCUACCAGAUUUUUGGCGUCUUUGUCUUUUGAAGAGGGCGAUGUUCUGUUGGAAUUCAUUAAGUGCUCUGGUUGGCUGCGUGGGUCCAUAGAAGUGAGUUUUGGUGUAUUUGUGGGAGAAGGUGAGCUACGAGUGUCCUUCUACUCUGCCAUCUUGGCCCUGAGUAGGGACAGAUAUUCAAUACCUGGAGGCAAGGUUACUUCUCUUCACUGUGGGACGUCACUGCAUGUAGCAGGGCUGCAGGUGUGUAGAGCUUGAAACAAACUAGCACAAUGGGUCCCAGCCCUGCCCAUUCCACCUCCCUUUUGUUAUCUAAGCUCUCUCUCUUCAGAAGAGCCCUCCUGGGUGGAGAAGAGGUAAUGAGUGCCUGGGGAAUGGUGCUCUUAACUCUUGGCCCUGGUCGCAGCUGAGAUUUUGCCUGGUGCCACUAGGUGGCGCGUGCCUCCCAUCCAGGGUGCCCACUGCUCAGAGCUGCUGCCCCAGAACGGGUGCAGCUGCCCCUCCCAAGACUUCCGGGCAGAGAUUUUAGUCCUUGAGCCUGCCUGCCACGGAUUGCCUCUGAGAGACCUCUCCUGUCUCUAAAGCUUUCAGCUAUGUGGUUGUGCCUGGUGGUCCUGCUGGGCCUGUACCACCUCCUGCGCUGGUACCGGGAGAGGCAGGCGGUGAGCCACCUCUGGGACAAGUACGUCUUCAUCACGGGCUGUGACUCGGGCUUCGGGAACCUGCUGGCCAGGCAGCUGGACCUGCGAGGACUCAGGGUGCUGGCUGCGUGUCUGACCGAGAAGGGGGCCCAGCAGCUGAGGAAGCAGACGUCCGACAGGCUGGAGACGGUGAUCCUGGAUGUCACCAAGACAGAGAGCAUCGCUGCGGCCACCCAGUGGGUGAAGGAGCGUGUGGGGGACAGAGGACUCUGGGGCCUGGUGAAUAACGUGGGCAUCUCCAUACCCACCGCACCCAGUGAGUGGCUGACGAAACAGGACUUCAUGAAGAUACUGGACGUGAACCUGUUGGGGGUGAUCGAGGUGACCCUGAGUCUGCUGCCCCUUGUGAGGAAGGCGAGGGGCCGUGUGGUCAACGUCUCCAGCAUCAUGGGCCGGAUUUCCCUGUUUGGUGGAGGAUACUGUGUGUCCAAGUACGGCGUCGAGGCCUUCUCAGACUCCCUCAGGAGGGAGCUCUCCCACUUUGGGGUGAAGGUGGCUAUGAUCGAGCCCGGUUUCUUCAGCACCAAUAUAACCGAUGUGGAGGCAUUUUCUCAGAGUGUCCGGACAGCAUGGGAUCAGGCCAGCCCAGAGGUCAAGGAACUCUAUGGAGAGACGUUCGUGUCCACCUUCCUGGAGUCACUUGAAACACUGAAACCAAGAUGGUCCAAGAAUCUGUCCUUGGUGACGAACUGCAUGGAGCACACCCUGACCGCCUGCCACCCCCGCACGCGAUACUCCUGUGGCUGGGAUGCCAAGCUCUUCUACCUCCCCAUGAGCUACAUGCCCACCUUCCUGGUGGAUUUCGUGGCCUACUGGAGCUCCCCAAGGCCUGCUCAGGCCCUGUAGCCCCAAACUAGGGUACGUGGGGGGGCGGGGUACUAUGUGAGGGAGGGGAUGCGUCAGUGAAGGGAAAUGCAGUGGAGAGGGGAUCUCGUGUCACCAGGGAGACCUGCCUCUCCUCCCUCUCCACCUCCUCCCCAGUCUUCCCGUGGGACAUUACUGAGGACGCUGGGGAUAUUAGGAGGAAGGAACCAAGUUUUGUGGUGAGGAACAGGGACCAAUAGUUCAUUUCUGUGUCUAGUUUCUUGAUCAGUCCCUUAAGGCUCUGAGCCUUAUGGCCCUCCUGCCACCCUGAGGAAUCCACACGUUUUGGGGGGUGUGAGCUGCUGGAAGUGCAUCAGCCCCCUCCCCCCUGCCCCUGUCCACCCCUGCUGGGGUGCCUUGGCCCUGGCCAGCCUCCCCCUCCCACAGGGUAGAAAUGGCCUUGGGGAGGUAAAAGCCUCUCUUCCUUGAUGACACCUGUGGACAGGGGUGAGGGGGGCAACCGCCAGCCUGGCACAUCAGGCCAGGGUGAGGGGGUGUCCUCAACAGGGGUCCUGACACAAGACACAGAUACCAACUUUUGAUUUGUCAUGAAACCAUGCAUUUCCAAUUAUUAUUUUUUCCUUAAAAUAAAAGUUGGAAUGUUUACCCAGGCCAGUGAUUGGGACCAGGGCCCUGGGGAGCAGCGGGCUGUGGAUCCAGGAGAGGAAGAGUCCAGUGCCUUCACAGAGGGGAAGGAUGAGCGGAUGGCCUGAGGAGGGGUUUGAAGAGGGAAGUGAAAUCAUCGCUUCUUCCACAGACGUGAGGGUAUAAUAUAUAAUAACAAUCUUUCCAGGGUUUGUCAAGGGACCUGGGUCACGGGGUUAGAGCCAAGGAUGGACCCAGGGAGAGGUGUCUUAGGACUGCAGGGCCCAGACCCUUCCCUGGCAACGUGUAGCCUCUGGCUCCCCAGAAGCCUUUCUGUGGCCCUCCCUCUGUCCCCUCCUUUCAAGUCACUGUCUUCCAUCCUUUGCCAUCCCCGCGUUGCCCAACCUAGAUCCCCUCCCUGACCCUCAAGGGGAGGGGAGUUAAUUCUGUACCCCAGUCUUACGUUUUCUGCUAACCUUUACUGAGCACCUACUGUGUGCUGGGCAGGAAUUCCCUUGGUUUCCCAGGGCUUCCAGACUCUGCGUCACUGCUGCUUUCAUGAUGCUCUGAGUAUGGACUCAAUGGAGAAGUCAUUGGCACAGAGUCAUACAGAUUUCCAGGCUGAGUACAAAUUUCAGUUGGGAGGUAUCUCCCAGUCAUCUUAACUCACCUUCCUCAUUAUAAAAAUGAGGUUAUGCGGACUUUGGGGAAUUUUAUGCCUUUGAACAAUAUUUUAUAUUAUAUACCUUAAAAAGCAUUGACUUAUUCAGUCAUUUGAAAUGUCAUCUAAGUAAACAUUUACUGAGUGGGUUUGACAUAAAUGCAGACAGUGUGAACUAUAAGAUCUAGAUCAGAGGGGCCUCCAGUGUGAACAGGAAGAUACCUGAGGACCCCUCGACAGAGGGUGAGUGACAGAACUUGAGUACAACUUUAGCCUUCAGGCACUGUUCUCCGUGAGCCGUGUGGCUGUGCCCGGCGGCCCUGAUGGGCCUGUGCCACCUCCUGCGCUGGUACCGGGAGAGGCAGGUGGUGAGCCACCUCUGGGACAAGUACGUCUU